UUUUAAUGUUGCAAGAAAGAGCAACAUGUAUAUUUGAUUUUUUUGCAUUUUUUUAAGUAGUUAUUUCUGAAAUAAACGAAUUCGGACAGUAAACCAAAUAUUUUACCUAAAUUUUAAAUUGGUUUUUUUUUUUAAAGAUAGAAAUUAUGUUUUCUAUGCAAUAUCAAUGCAAUACAAUGACUUGGUGGAUUUGAGUUUGUGGACAGGCAACAUUUGAAAUGUCUUUUAAUUUUGGUGGAAAAAAAGCUCGAGUGGCGUGCGAGCGUUUUCUAUCGCUUUUAUUAAAAUCUCAUUAAAUACUGUACAAAUCUACUAAUUAAGUAACCCUAUUAAGCUUUAAGCUUGUCGUUAGUUGUAUAAAACUAUAUUUAGUUGUAUGAAUUUAUUAUUACUUUGUUAGUACUUAGUCUGUGACAGAUCGAUUUGUCGCAGAAAAUAUUCAGGUUAUAUUGUUAAAAAUAACUAAUUUUGAUAAUUAAAUUAUAAAAAUGGAAACAAUGGACGUAGCUCAAGAAGGAACAUCGACGGUUUCAACGCCUGUUGUGGAAAAUGGACCUGACAAGAAUGUUACUGCCGAAGAAAUGACGUCGAGGGAUUAUUAUUUCGACUCAUAUGCACAUUUCGGCAUCCACGAGGAAAUGUUAAAAGAUGAAGUCCGCACUCUCACCUACAAAAAUGCCAUGUACCACAAUAAGCAUUUAUUUCAAGGAAAGACAGUCCUCGAUAUAGGCUGUGGAACUGGGAUCCUGUCGAUGUUUGCAGCUAAAGCAGGUGCUACCAAGGUCUUAGCGAUAGAGUGCUCCAACAUUGUUGACUAUGCUCGUAAAAUUAUUGAGGCAAACAGACUCGAUGAUGUCAUUGAGAUUAUUAAAGGAAAGGUGGAGGAAGUUGAAUUACCAGUUGACAAAGUGGACAUCAUAAUAUCAGAAUGGAUGGGCUACUGUCUAUUCUAUGAGAGUAUGCUUGAUACGGUGCUAUAUGCCAGAGAUAAGUGGCUCAAGCCAGAUGGGAUGAUGUUUCCAGAUAGAUGUACAUUAUUUAUAUGUGGUAUAGAAGAUCGGCAAUACAAAGAUGAGAAGAUCAACUGGUGGGAUGAUGUGUACGGCUUUGACAUGUCUUCAAUCAGGAAGGUGGCUAUAUCUGAACCCCUUGUAGAUGUGGUUGAUGCUAAACAGGUUGUCACGAAUUCAUCCUUAUUAAAAGAAAUAGAUUUAUACACAGUCAAGAAAGAGGAUCUUAAUUUUGAAUCAAAAUUCCAUUUGCAUGUCCGUCGGAACGACUUUAUCCAAGCCUUAGUGACGUACUUCAACGUUGAGUUCACGAAGUCACACAAACGUCUCGGGUUCAGUACCGCGCCGGACGCUCCCUACACGCACUGGAAGCAGACAGUCUUCUACUUUGAUGAUUUUAUGACGGUAAAGAAAUUCGAAGAGAUAACCGGUACAUUCUCGAUGCGCCAGAACGCAAGGAACAAUCGCGACUUGGACUUUGAGAUCGAGAUCGACUUCAAGGGGGAACUCUGUCAGGUCAACGAGAAGAAUCACUACAGGAUGCGCUAGUUUUGAUUAUUUUAAUUUUUUUUUAUGAAACAAAUUCAAGUAUAUUUUGUACAUGUUACCGUCUAGUAAGAUCACUUAUAUGUAUGUUCCGUAGCCGUGACGGAUUGACACAAUGUCUUCAUGUACAUGUUUAGUGAGAUUAGAAUUUUUAAUUGGUCGUACAGUAUUUUGUUAUUGUUGUUCAUUAAAUUCAUAUUUGUUACAACAAUGUCACCGAGACCAAGAGUCUAUCUUGCUUCUCGCAUCCUUCUACCAUCCAAUAGGUAGUCGGUUCGAGACUAGUUCACUGUUUUUUAUUGUCUCCACUGUCGUGUAGUUUGAAUUAUGUUCAUGAAUACUCACAAUUGGUUGCCAAACAAAUGUAUUUACAAUAGUAUUGUGAUAGCAAAUCUGACAGCUGCCUUGAAGUUAUCAUGUGAUAAUUAAAAAAAAAAUGUGUUUAUCAAUCGUCAUUGUUACCUGCAUGCAAGAGAAUGCCCUCCGCAGAGCUCGUGGUGUGCUGGAGGAGGUCUCUUCACACACAAACCAGUUUUUUGUUCUGUAAACUGCGGACGUGUACUGUCCGUGUGUGGAUAAUUCAUUAACUGUCCUUGCUGACAUAUUUAUAAGACUAAAAAUAAAAUACUUUCUUAUA